UCCUCUCAGACCGACCUCGGUUAGCAUGUUAGCUGAGUGUAAACUGGGAUAUAAACAGGUUUUGUUUUCUUUGAAUCGAUCUGUGGAAAAUCUCUACAUUUCAGGAUCUUUAACUUUAACUCAAACGGCAGCUCGCGACGUUUCCGGUCAACUAUAAACCGGAAGUCAGCCGGAGCUCGGUGUUUUUUACAGUCCGACAUGAAGCUGCGGAGAGAAGCAGACGUCCAGCAGCAGUUGUUGGUGGUUAAAGAAGAGGUUCCCCCUGAGCAGCAGGAGUGGAGCUCCAGUGUGGACCAGGAGGACCCAGAGCCCCCACACAUUAAAGAGGAAGAGGAGGAACUGUGGAGCAGUCAGGAGGGAGAGCAGCUUCAAGGGCUGGAGGAGGCUGAUAUCACCAAGUUCACAUUCACUCCUGUCCCUGUGAAGAGUGAAGAUGAUGAAGAGAAACCUCAGUCUGAGGGACACCACUGUGGAGAACCAGGACCAGGACCACCACCAGGACCAGACAGGAACUCACAUCCAGAUUCUGAGGACAAGACUUCGGACUCCUCUGAAGCUGAGACUGAAACAGACUGGAGGGACAGGAAACCGUUUCGCUGCUCUGUUUGUGCUAAAACAUUUAAACACAGAGGGAACCUGAACAUGCACAUGAGAACUCACACGGGAGUGAAACCGUUCAGCUGCUCCUUGUGCGGUAAAAGGUUCACUCAGAAACCGGGUCUGGACUACCAUCUGAAAACCCAUACAGGAGAGAAACCCUUCAGCUGCUCUAUCUGCGGUAAGACGUUCCGACACAAAGGAGCCGUGACGUACCACAUGGCGACCCACACAGGAAUGAAACCGUUCAGCUGCGGCGUCUGCGGCAAAAGAUUCCGGCGGACUUCGCAGCUCAAAGCCCACAGGUGCGUCGGUGAAUAUUCGCGCCUUCGCAGGGGCGAUGAACGCAAGACACCAUUGAACUGCUCUGAGUGCAACACCACGUUCCCCAACAACUACCUCCUGGUGAUGCACAUGCGGAUGCACAAAGGGAAGAAGCUGUUCACCUGCUCCGUCUGCGGACAGAAACGGCAGUUCAGUUCACAUCUGGAGAUCCACAUGAGAACCCACACAGGAGAGAAACCCUUCAGCUGCUCUGUGUGCGGUAAGACAUUCUCGCAAAGAGGGAUCAUGUCGCAGCACAUGGCGGUCCACUCGGGCGUGAAGCCGUUCAGCUGCGGUGUUUGCAGCAGGAGGUUCUUUUGGCAUUUCCAGAUCAAGAAACACAAGUGUCUCGGCGAGUCCUUGCUGCGAAGGAGAGCCGGCUUUAAUGGAGAGGACUGUAGAGAACCAGAACCAGCCUGCUCAGAUCCACAACCAGAUACUGAUAAAGAUACCAGACCAUCUCCAAAAACUGAUGACAAUGUUGACAUCGAGUUUUGGAAAGAGACCCGGCAGCAUCAGUCAGGGUUUACUUACGGAAGGACUAAAAAAGUCUCUGUAAAUGAUGGCUGCUCUGAUAACAAGGCUGAAAAUAAACUUGGUGAGGUCGGCAGUGAUUUUUGCAGACCACCUCAGAACUAUAUGAAAACUGAGGGCAAAACUGUGACUGAAACAGGAAGUAAUAAUACCUAUGAGAAAUCAUUCAGCUGCUCUGAUAGCAGGACUGAAACUAAACCAGGCAUUGUCAGCAGUAAUUUUUGCGGUCAGCCUCAGAACAACAUGAAAACUGAUGUCUCUGUGGGUGAAACGGUUAGUAAUAAUACAGACAAGAAACUGUUUGGCUCCUUUGAGUCUCAUGAACGAUCUGAGGACAGUCACACUCUGCCAACCAACAGGAAACCGUUCAGUUGCUUAAGUUGCGGGAAAGGCUUUGCGUCUGGAGGACAUCUGACGAGACACAUAUCCGUCCACACGGGAGAGAAGCUACUCAGUUGUGUCAUAUGUGAGAAAAGAUUCACCCUGGAGUCGCAGCUCCUGAGCCACCAGUGCGCUGCUGACUCUCCUCAACCUCAUGCUGUCAACAGAUUACUGAUCAGCUCCCAGUGCGGAAAAGGGUCAAACCGUAAGCACAAUCUCCAGGUUCCCAUGAGGAUCCACACGGGUCUGAAACCGUUCGGUUGCUCAGUUUGUGGCAGGACGUUCGCCAAGCGUGAAAACUUGCGUUCUCACAUGAUGUGCCACAGGGGAGACAAACCGUUCUGCUGUUCGGUGUGCAACGCUGGCUUCAUCGACAGCGAGGCUUUAGUCCAGCACAUGAGGAUCCACACCAGACAGACACAGUUCACUUGCCUGGUGUGUGGUAAAGAAUUUGCGUGGAGACGAUACCUGACGAAGCACAUGGAGGUCCACACAAAGGAGAGAAUCUACAGCUGCAGGUACUGCGACCAAAACUUCCUUUGGCAUCAUCAGCUGAAGUACCAUCGAUGUGCCGCUCAGUCAUCCACAGACCGUUAUCAGGGUCAAGCUGAUGGAGAGGACUGUGGAGGACCAGAACCAGCCAGGAACUCAGAUCUAGAUUUACGACCAGAUACUGAUGAUAUGCCCGAAGACUCCUCCGAGACCGAGACGGAUGACAGCGAUUGUUGGAACGAGAACAGCGGAUGUCUGAAACCAAAAGUCUUGCAGAGUCAUGAAAUUUUUAACAAUCGCCGGCCGAAGAUUUGUAGCAGAAAUCCCGAAGCAGGGAAACCGUUUUCAGGAAGUCUGAGCCAAAACAUGGCAGCUUGUACAGGCAAGAGGGGGAUGCUGGAGAACCAAGAGCCGCAACACAUUAAAGAGGAGCAGGAGGAACUCUUGGAGGGAGGACACCUUUAUGGUUUGGAGGAGGCUGAUGUCACCAAGUUCCUGCCCACUUCUGUCCCCGUGAAGAUUGAGGAUGAUGAGGAGAAACCUCAGUCUUCACAGCUUCAUCAAACACAAGCUGAUGGAGAGGACUGUGGAAGACCAGAACCUGCCGAGAACUCAGAUACUGACGAUAGUGUCAAUAGCGACUUUUGGAAGGAGACCAGAAAAGGUCCAUCAGGUGCAAAGUUGUCAAAGGUCAGGGCCGAACCCGAGAGCGACGGCAGUGUUGACAGCGUUGACAGCGACUUCUGGAAAGAUGACAUGAAACCUCAGCCUGGUUCGAACUCUCCAAAUGACAGCGAGAUUCCCCAAAGUGACCCAGGUUAUAAUGCUCUGAGGAGAGCGCACAGCUGCCCAGAGUGUGGGAAAAGAUUCCUUCACGACUGCAACUUGAAGAACCACAUGAAGUACCACACGGGAGAGAAGGCGUUCUUCUGUCCCGUUUGUGGUCUCAAAUGUCUCUACAGGUCCCACCUGGAGAUCCACAUGAGGACUCAUACCGGAGAGAAGCCUUUCCCCUGCCCAGUGUGUGGUAAAAAAUAUGCACAUAAGGCGAGUAUGCAGUCACACAUGGUCGUCCACACCGAGGAGACAAAGUACAGCUGUAGUGUGUGCGACAGAGGCUUUGCCUGGUAUACGGAGCUGAAAUACCAUCAGUGUGUUGGGGAGUCCUCGCAGGAAGAUUCGCAUCGGAGAGAAACCAUGUAGGACAGGGACGAAAUUUCGACUUUUGCAUGUUUGAACAUUAGAAUAUUUUGUGUUGACUCAUGUCACACGUAUGUGAAAUUGCUGAAAUGAUGAAUGAACUUCCACCAGUACGUCCUUGGCGUCAUAGGUCCCCGGAGGAUCUCAAUGCUGAUUGGCUAUCGUGGAGCAAAUUGGUCACUCAAAUUUAGAUUUUUCUACUCGCAGAUAAGCGCAUGACAAGAAAUCACGCUACUUGCUUCAGUCAUGCUGCUGCAUUUGCAUCAUUUGUGUCAAUCUAGUGUCCAUUGCACCACGGUCAUGAUUAGGCACAAAUUCAUGCCAGGUGACGCAGUGGUGACAACCCAAAUGAUGCAAAGUAAGCAGCGCACAUAACAACAUAAUUUUGUGUUCACACUAAACACGGUGCAAAUUUUCGCAUCACGUUACUUGCGUGAGUUUGAACGCUACAACAUUAUGUUUUCAUUGAGCAAAAUUUAAUGAAAUGCUUGAUAAAUAACGGCAGUAUGUAACGAUGUCUGUCAGCGUAUCUUCACAGAACAGUUCGUAUGAUAUCCUAUGAAUUUGCACUCCACAAAUGACGUUAUGUCCUCUAUGUCCUAUGUAAGUAACGUAAAGUUACGGAGGUUAGGUUUAGGAAAAGCAACAUGGUGACACGUAUCUUAAAAUGACUCAAAGUUUUCACAGAUCCAAACACCUGACUCUAGGGGAAAGUCCCAUCCACCACCCCAACCUGCCUCCUUACAAGUGCUCAGGACUGUUUCCUUGUUUACUGCCAUCAGUGCAUUGUUCACAUGAUCACAGCCUUACAAAAUACGUGGGAUAUGUACAAAUUUGGUGCAUAAAAUGUGAAAACCAUCUUGUUAUAACGGGAAACAUUUCACAUUAUUACCUGAGUCCGACCAUUUUUUGUUGUAUUUUUUUGUUUGGCGUUGUAGCUCUAUGCUUCUCUCAUUUUGUGCAUGGAGCUGGAAAUGACGUAUUGCAGUUUUGUACCACUUCCAGUGUCCGCCAUGUGGCGCUAGAGAAUACACACUAAGCAUUCGUUAUGUUGCUGUUGCGUCAAGUGUGGACCGCACAACGUAAAAUUUAUGCCAAUUGAAUUAUUUUUUCUGCAGUCUGUUCUCACAGAUUUUUUAGUACGUUUUCCUACAAAAAACAGCGUACCCAAAUUUGUGUGUAUCCCACGUAUUUUGAAAGGCUGCGAUCACGUGACCAAUGAGCUGACGACAGUAAACAAGGCACCAGUACCUAGCGCUUGUAAAGAGGCAAAUUGGAGUGAUUGAUGGGUCACAAAAACCGUCUUUCCCCUGGAGUCAUGUGUUUGGAACUUUAAGUCAUUGUAAGGUACGUCCUCACUCUGUUUCUUUUCCUAAACCUAACCUCUGUAACUUUGUGUUAAUUAGAAACGUACUGAGUGGUAUAUGCACCGGACAGCAGUUUGUAACGCCGCCAGCAUAUACAGUUAUGUAAAGAGCAAGAACAUCCGUAUAAGGUGGAUGGGUCUAACAAACUCCAGACUUUUACCCGGUAGUCAGCUGUUCAUUUACCGUGUGAAUUUUAAGACAAACCACCAUGUGUAUCCAAACCUAACCAUGUGCUUUUGUUCCGAAACUUAAGGCAGUAAACCUAAAAACUGUGUUUUGCCAAAAGUGUACAUUUCCUGUGAAAAUGGAAGUGUAUUUUGAAAUGACACAAUGCAUGUGACAAGCGUAAAUUGACACGGCGUUCCAGAACGUCCAAAACUGAUGCAGGAGGCUACCCUGAGCAUCACAUUUUGACGUGUAGGUACACGGACAAAGCAGCGAUAAACUUGAAUAAGAAUGCAUCGAGGAGAAGGCCUCUCCCUCUGGUCUGUUUUCGUCUCGUUCCGCUGAUCAACACAUUCGAGUAACGCUGACAUAAAUGAAAUGUAUGAAGUGAUUCAACAGAUAAAUCCGAUUUUGGCUGAAUGAUGGUGGCACACAUUUAAACACAAAUCGUUGACCACUGAGUUUGACUUACUGGACUCACUGGACUUCUCUGACUUACCUGACUUACUGGACUAACUAGACUUACCGGGUUAAGUUGACUAACAUGCUGCAGCCGAUAAACAGAAACCAGUGCUUUCAAAAUUUUCUGGGAAAACUUGGGCUCCAGAGUUUCUGUUGGGUCACAGGGCAUACCGAACAUGUGAUGCACCAAACCGAAUGUCCUGUACCCAACAGUUCAGAAUGAAUACAUGUCCUGUCACACCACUGCUGAACCCUCUUAAAACUACAGAGGACGACUUGCAUGGUUUAUCAUUCUUCUUCUGCAGAUGACAAAACUCAUACUCGGACUUUUCUUGGGGAACUUCCUGUCUGUCUCUGUUCCUAACCCUCAUCAUACCAGAUCAACGGGAAGGUCGAUGACGGAAGAUGUUCGGUGUCUGAAUUUCACUGUCAACAUAAUUCAUGAGUAGUGUAACACUUUAAAUAUUCAGAUUGAUCUCAGGUCUUAUUGUUCUGAACUUGUACUUUAAUCAUAAAUUCAAAUCAAAUAGCUGAAUUCUGACAAAUAUUUUGUCAACUUUAUUUUACUUGGAAAUUAGCUUGAGUUAAUAAAACGUGAAUCCAAACUCAAUGUUUUUGUUUCUUUAAAUGUUCCUGUUCAUGGUGAAAUGUUGUUGCAGACAUAACUGAUACUGAUUAAGUUUUUUUUUUUUUUAUGCUGAUACUUUUGUACUUUUAUUCUGUAGCUGUAGUCCAAAUAAUCAGAGACAGUCUUAAAAUCUAUCACUUUAUAAAAUAAUGACGGUUUGUCGCUACAACAGAACGUUGGUGGUAGAAGAAGUACUAAGUAAAAGUAUUCGCACCACAGUGUAGAAAAACUGUUACAGGUUAAAGUCCUGCAUUUAAAAUCAAUUAAAAAUACAAAAGUAUUAAAAUCAAAAUAUACUUAAAGUGAAGAAAUCCUUAUCAAACCCCAAUAUGUAAAUUGUACUUUUUUCUUUCUAGCAUUCAUCGUAUAUUAUGAUAAAAAAAAUCCACUAGAUGUCGCUGUGUCUUAACAGAAAGUUAGUAACCUAAAAGAAAAUGUCCCUCCAGACACGAACACUCUGCGUGGAGGGAUUUUCAUCACCAUGUUGUAUCAACUUUAUACAAGAAUAAAAAGUUUAAUAAAGGUUGAAUAAUUUCUUCAAAAACAUGCUCCACAAAAACACUUAAUUUGUCCUUUUAUGGUAAAGGUAGUGAUGCUAAGCUAAUGUCAUUAAAAUUGACUGUUUGGUACAAGUUAAAAACACAGGAAUGCAGCUACAUACUGGUUUCAAGGUAUACUGCGAUAUUUAAUUGAAUUGAAUUUGAUUUCAUUUAUUUUAAUUUAAUUUGAUUUAAUUCAAAUUAAUUUCAUUCAACUCAAUUCAAUUCAGUUUAAUGUAAUUUAAUUUAAUCCAGUUUAAUAUGAUUAAAUUCAACUUAAUUCAAUUCAGUUUAAUUCAUUUUCUGUUUAAUUUAACUUCAAUUCAAUUCAAUUAAACUUUAGUUUAAUACAAUUCAGCUCAAUAGAACUUUGUUUAUCCCAAGGGAAAUUCUUGUGCCAGAGAAUGCUUCACAUUACAGUAACAACAGUUUAACGUUCACAGUGAAAGCCAGAACAACCAGUGGGUCAUGGUCACUCACUACGCCCAGUUUUUAAAACAACAGACUAUAGAAUAUCCUGCAAAAUAUUCAAACUAAACAAGAUAAGAGGUGUUUUCAAGGAGCAAAAGCAAAAACCAGUAAUUAAUAGAGUAACAACAGGAGUAAUAGAAGUAAAAGAGUACUGUGAAAAUCUCAUACUGUUGCAACUCUACUUCUGACUGUUCAGUGUUGUUAAAUGAUACAUUUAAUGUUCUCAAUUCUAUAAAAAUAUGUGGAAAUAAUUUUAUAUAUUUUUUAAU